CUCCAUUGAUGAAAAGGCUGCAGAAAGUGCCGCAAAAGGUACCAAGACGCCUGAAGAAAUCUCACGCGAACGUGCCUUUGCCAUCAACAAGCUCGAGCAAGACAAGCAGAAACUCGAGAGCAAACUCGCAGCCAAAAAGUCUAAACGCGCUGCGAUGCGUGACGUGAA